UCAUGAUCGAGGAGCUGCGGGGCCGCGUGGGCGAGGCCGCCCGGCACGCCUUCGGCUGCCGCGUGCUGGAGCGGCUGCUGGAGCACUGCCCCAUCGACUGUGUCGCGGGCCUGCUGGGCGAGGUCAGGGACGACGCGGUGGAGCUGAGCCGGCACGCCUUCGGGAACUACGUCGUGCAGCACGCCUUCGAGCACGGGUCCACCGAGCUGCGCCACGAGAUCGUGCAGGCGAUGCUCCCUGAGAUCUGCAAGUUGGCUCGUCACAAGAGCGCGAGCCACUGCGUCGAGAGCGCGCUGCUGCACUGCUGCGAGGAGGACAGGCAGGCCAUGAAGCUGGCCAUGGCCGGGGACACCGAGGAGCUAGCAAGCCUGACGAGCAGUAAUUUCGGCAGUUUCGUGGUGAAGGAGAUGAGAAAACGGUGAGCGGAGCUCCCAACCACCCUGUUCAGGGGAUACAGUCUCAUGGCCCUUCACCGCCCGUUCGGAAGGCAACUGCAAGGGCAUUCCCAUUCAGACAAGUGGGAAUGCACAUUUUCUGCAUCUGCGGACUGGCCGUUGUCUGCUCGACGUGAGGUUGGCACCAGUCUCAGUGGUGAGUCCAGGCGGCGGUCCUUGCGCCAUUCGCUCCGCCAGUUUGAAGGACGAAACCACUCACAAGCAGCUCUCUCAGCUGCUACCGAUUGGCUAAUUUAUCUUUUGGCAGCCUGCCUCCUAUCGAUGCGGGUGGCUUCCCCCCUCAUUUCCAUCAUAACAUCAUGCUCUUCUCUUUUCGCCAAUUAGCCACUACACGUGUUUCCUGUGCAGCGGUGCGCAGCAGGAUUUUCAAGGGCGAGCGGGCAAUGUGACCGUGCCCGAAGGUGUUGCUAGGCACCAUCUGUCUAUGUGAGCUCGCAAUAUGCGUCGUCGCUAUGUCAUGCUAUGUCAGAGAUACGGGGCUAACCAUAAAUAUCACGAAGGGAUAAUGGAGCACACCUGCGGCAAGGGUGUUCUUCUGCCGUGCAGGCUAAGUUUCUUCUCGCACGGUUUUGCACUCAUGUUUCCCGUGUCCUCCCCGCUUCGGGGCGAGUUUUCAGGGAAGCGAUGUUUGUUGUGUGCCGUCUCCAGGCAGAUUUUUCCCGAUGCGAGCAGAUAAGACUCCAGGAUUGGAGAUGGGUUUGAAAGAAAGGCUGUGACAUGACAAGAUGAGCUCAAGACGGGACGGAAGAGAGGGACCUGUCAAUUCAUCUGCGGUUGCAGGUGUUGGGCCUUGCUCUACGUCGAUCGUGUAGGGUGGAGCCAGGCACUUAAGUCGAGCGCCUGGGACAUCGCCGGAACAAAAAUAGAUGCCCGAGGUCCUUGCGCCGGGCAUUCCACCACCGCCGUUGUGAAAGGUCGUGGCGCCUCCCAUCCCUUUUCACUUCCCGUUC